AUGGAACAUGCGCGUCUCAUACCGACUGGAACAGGCUUCUUGUUAGUCUUGGUUCUCAAUGUGUAUGUUUUUCAACACAUAUUGUCAUGGGCGACCCGAUGGAUAACAACUCCCUAUCAACAACCGCUGGGGCAUGUCUAUGAAGACCAGGAUGGGAAGUCUACACAACAGGCUAUCGAACAAGCUGGAAAACAAACCCUUCGUCUGGCCAAUCUGGUUAUCGCGACAGUGACAAUGGCCAUCUUAGGGCUACGGAUGGGGCUCGCAAUACCUCAUAUGGAAUUCUCCGCAAAUGCGGCAUACUGGAUGGAGUUCGGAAUCUGGAAGAUAUGUGUUUUCAUCCAGAGCAUCGCUUUUAACGUUCCCUUCUCGCCCACUGAACAUUUUGCGGUUAGUUGGAGGAUUGGGCCGAGUAGUCUUGUCGCACUCCUGAUCUGUCUCGCCCAAGGUUAUGCCGACUUCCACUCAGGCCAUGCUAGAAGCGUAUACAUUACACCUACUGGUGCCCAGGCUGCCAUUAGUGUUGCACUCAGUCUCCUCAGCUCGAUGAUUCCCCGGCGUCCGAAUGUUUUCCAUAAGGGUAUCAUAGUUGAUCGACAGUUCACCACCAGUCUGCUAGGCUGGGUCAGCUUUUCAUGGAUUGAACCAGUCUUGCGUGAGAGUGAACAUUCUAAAUCCUUAGCGAUUGAUGAUUUACUGGAGCUGGAUAAUAGCACGAGGGAAGAAACUGCAUACCGUGUAUGGAAACGAAUGGCAGCAAAGCGCAGUUUGUUAUCCAGCUGGGAUUUAUGGCGGUCAAUAUUUCAGUCCCAUGGCCGUGCCUUGCUCUCCCAGACGAUGAUUACUAUCCUGGUCUCAUUUCUCAGCUUUGGCCCACAAAUAGCCUUGUGGCAGAUCCUGAAGCUGCUAGAAGCCCGAAUGUCCGGACAAAAUUCGAUAUGCUUUGGGUCCCAGUUCUUGGCCUCGGUCUGUCUGUGA